UUCUGUGUUGGUACACAACCUUCUUUUGGAACUGAAGAUUGGAUCCCAAGGAUUUCUAGGAUUGUUCUCGCUACUCUACUGGUUAUCAGGUAUCUUGAACACCCAUGAUACUUACUAAUCUUUUGUGGAAAUUGCACUGUCAAAUUCUUCAAACGCACUAUAGUAUCUGUGUGCGCAGCUGCCACUGGUUAAAUUGGGCUGAUAAAGACAAGGCAGCAGAAGAUGAGAUGAAUCUGAAUUAAUCUGCUUUUUCUGAGGGUAUUCUGAUGAGGAAAACUUAAAUCUUGGUAAUACUAAGUGGUGUGGAAAGAUCUUAAACACCAGCUGCGCUCCAGCACCGCUACAGGUGGCUUUCACAUUCUGAACUUUCACCUCAGGCUUUUACAGGCCUGUUCCCAAGGUCUAAAUACUGUCAAGAACGUAAAGCCACCAGGACUGCUCAGACCUGAAUGCCUACGCCGUGGCCAUCUCCAGCCCUUUCAGAUACAACAGGCAUCCGCCAGCAUAGCUCUGUUCGGGGCCUGUGGCUUUUUUCCUUUUGCGAGAAGGACUUCAGCAAGCUUUCUCUCUUCUGAUAUUGACUGGCUUAUCUGCAGCCCCCUCUUUCUGGGGAAUGCUUAUGUACGUUGUCAGGGUCCUAAGCACGGCCAGCUGCCCCCCACCCUCCUAAGGGUGACUUGGCAAUCACAUUUUCAUGAUUAUCUCAGGAUCCAAGAUAACCUGGUGUUGAAGAAAAGACUCGGAUAACUUGGAAUUUAACCGGGUGAAUUGUGUGGCUAUGCCUGGUAAAAAGCACUUUGGUUUCCAGUUGGGAAUUUCUUGGAGACAGGAUCCUUUUGGAAGGUGUAUCGGACAGCAAAUCCUGUUUCAAAAUCUUGAUUACUACUUUAGUAAACCACUGCCUUAUGGUUGCUUCUGCAGCAGUGAGGCAGGGUGGGUGUUUUAAAUCACUCCUGAACGAUAAAAUAUAAAACUUGAUUAUUAAUGGCUGGCAUCAGUCAUCAGUCUGGCAACUUGUCAGUUAUAACAGCGAAGCGCUGCUGGCUUGUUUUAGCCUCUGCUUCAAGAUUUUUUUUUAAUUUGGAGAUGCACUUUCCACUGCUAUAAAGGAAAUGACACACCAAAAUAUAGCAACCAAAAUUAGUUAGCUUUAAUUUUAGUGAUGGAUUCUACUAAACCAAAGCUGUCCUAAAUGUAAGGGAAGAGUCUGGGACAGAUGUUUUCCCUUGUGUCAUCAUAGGCUUUAGCUGUGAGCUGAAAUUUCUUGCUGGUUUUGGCAAUGAUGGUUAUUUAGCUGUAAAUAAGUUGAAACAGUAUCAUACUGCUUGUAGUGUAGGUAAGGUAUUUAGCACAUUAAUUUUUGAUUGAGGCUAAAAUGUGUGUUUCAAGAUGUGAUUCUUUUCUUCCAGGUGUGUGUUUUGAUUUACUCAACUUUCAAGCUGAUGUUAAAUAGAAGUUUUCUGGCAUCUGUUUUUCUUCCUUGUUCAAAAGGGACAUUUCAGUGAGAGUAGAGAUGCUUCUUGGUCCGGUCCCUUAAUUCAAACCUGUUGUAACUUUACAGAAUAUAGAAAUCAUUGAAGAUCCUUUAAACAUUACUUUGAUGAAAAAUGAAGAGCAAGACAUCAAUUUCAGUCUUACUCAACCAUUCCGUACUUCCAUUUGUUUUGUCAUGGUAGCACUGAUUUCAAGUGAUAGUGUCAAAGUAAGAAUUCAAUGAAGGCUGCAUUCAAUCUUCAGUUAGAACCGUUGUGCCCAGCUAUUCCGUUAGAUGCAUGUUACACAAGCAAGGAUUUGGCACAGACAUCCUAUUUCAUGGCUACCAACAGUCUUCACCUUACUACAUUCUGUCUUCAGUACAAGCCUACAGUGAUAGCAUGUGUGUGCAUUCACUUGGCCUGCAAGUGGUCCAACUGGGAGAUUCCAGUAUCAACUGAUGGAAAACACUGGUGGGAAUAUGUAGAUCCUUCAGUUACUCUAGAAUUACUAGAUGAGCUAACUCAUGAGUUUCUGCAGAUACUGGAGAAAACGCCUAGCAGGCUCAAGAGAAUUAGAAAUUGGCGGGCUAAUCAGGCUGCUAAGAAACCUAAAGGUGAUGGACAGGUAUCCGAGAACUCGCUUCUUGGUUCAUCUUUGGUCCAGAACUCCAUUUUGGUGGAUACAGUUACUGGUGUGGCUGCAAACACAGGUUUCCAAAAACCAUCAACAUCGUUUCCUGCGCCGGUACCUCUGACCUCAGGAAGUAUUUCUGUUCCAGACAGUCAUGCACCUGAAAAUUUGGCAAUAUUAGCUACAGGAAUGCCAAGUACCUCAUACAGUUUGGCAUCACACCAGGAAUGGCCUCAGCAUCAAGAACAAACAAGGACAGAACAAAUGUACUCUCAAAAACAGGAGGCAUUACCUGCCAGUCAGUACAAUAUGAACUUCCAACCGGGGGCAUCCGUACAGUUGCACUCUGGAGUACAUCACAGACCUGAAAAACUUGCUGAGCAUUCUACUGUCA